AUGUCUUUGAAUUUGACAGGUACCGCUACCGGCGUUGGCACCGGUGGUGACACACUCACAACAGAUUUGAACACCCAAUUCGACGCUGCCGAUAUGGUCUGGGUUGGUACCUCUGCCGCCUUGGUUUGGAUUAUGAUUCCAGGUAUAGGUUUGCUGUACUCGGGUCUCUCUCGUAAGAAACACGCCCUUUCGUUGUUGUGGGCCUCCAUCAUGGCAGUAGGUGUGGUUUCAUUCCAGUGGUUUUGGUGGGGCUACUCGUUGGUAUUUUCCCACAACACGAAGGGUAACGGUUUCAUUGGUACUCUACAAUUCUUCGGCUUCAAAGAUGUGCUGGGAGCUCCAAGUUCAGUAACGUCAGUGCCUGAUAUUCUAUUCGCCUUCUUCCAAGGUAUGUUCGCUAUCGUUACCGGUACUUUGAUGGUCGGUGGUGCUUGCGAACGUGCUCGUUUGUUGCCAAUGAUGAUUUUCUUGUUCUUGUGGAUCACUAUUGUCUAUUGUCCAAUUGCCUGCUGGACUUGGAAUGCAGAAGGGUGGUUGGCUCUGUUGGGCGCCCUCGAUUACGCCGGAGGUGGUCCAGUUCACAUUUGUUCUGGCCACGGUGCCCUUAUCUACGCUCUUGUCCUAGGUAAGAGAAACGACCCUGUUGCUAAGGCCGGCAUGCCUAAGUACAAACCCCACUCGGUCACAUCUGUCGUUUUAGGAACUGUGUUCUUGUGGUUUGGUUGGUUCGGCUUCAACGGUGGUUCCGCUGGUAAUGCCACCAUCAGAGCCUGGUACUCUUGUGUCAACACCAACUUGGCCGCUUCUUGUGCCGCCUUGACCUGGAUGUUUAUCGACUAUUUUAGAUUUGGCCGCAAGUGGACCACUGUGGGUCUAUGCUCUGGUGCCAUUUCCGGUUUGGUUGGUAUCACCCCUGCUGCUGGGUUCGUACCAAUCUGGGCCUCCGUCAUCAUCGGGAUCGUCACUGCUAUUGCCUGUAACUUCGCCGUUGACUUGAAGACUUUGUUGCGCAUUGAUGACGGUUUGGAUGUCUAUGCUUUGCACGGUGUUGGUGGUGCUGUCGGUUCUAUCAUGACCGGUAUUUUCGCUGCCGACUAUGUUAACGCUUCAGCUGGUGCCGAAGCCCUAGCCAUCUCAGGGGGCUGGAUUAACCAUAACUACAAGCAAGUUGGUUACCAACUGGCUGCUAUCUGUUCGGUCGUUGCCUGGACCUGCGUCGUCACCGCCGCUUUGUUAAUGAUCAUGGACAGAAUUCCAUUCCUAAGAUUGAGAUUGAGAGCUGAAGAAGAAGAAAUGGGUACUGAUGGUGCUCAGAUUGGCGAGUUCACUUACGAAGACAACGAAAUGUACAUUCCUGAGCCCGUCAGAUCCAACACUUCCGCCAAGGUUCCUCGGCCAACCGCAAUUGACGACCAAAUCAACGAAAACUCUGAUAGCGCUCCCAGCAGUGAGCAGGCUGGGCAACCAGCCGAGAAAGUUGUGGUCUAA